AAUAUAUUCAUGGCCUAAAUCCGACUUGCCUAGACUUGUAAGAACAGAAGAAAGAGAAAAAACACGAAAUGACGUGGAAAACUUUGGUGCGGCAAAAAAAUCCCCUGCUAAUCGUCUAGUGGUAGAACAGCGUGAACUUGCGGAUUGAGGAAAGAGGAAAUUGUGGAUAAGAUUGCCCUCAGCUAAUCCCAUGUUACCACCAACAAUUUCCUUACAUUGAAAUGCAGGCAUUCAUCUUCUAACUAUCCAUCCAUCCUGCUCUCCUUUACCAUUUUACUGGAUUCUUGCUUUUGAUGAGGCAGUGCAUAGUUGCAUACUCUUUGUUGGAUGAAAUAAUAGCCCCCCUGACCGCCUGUGUUCUGAGGUAUUGUGCAUUAAGAGGCAGAUAGUAUGGGAGAAUUCACUAAAGAUGAUUCAAAUCGUAUCAUUGUAGAAAAGAAUAAGAAGGGAUUAACCUCAAACACUUCACAAAGCUCAACAUCGCCUACCACGGAGUCUGAUGUGCGUGAAGGCGGAUUGCAUUCUAUUUCACGAUCAUUAAGCUUUCCUACCCAAGUUGGCUGUGCUGCGUGUCAGGGAAACAUAAAAUGCCUGACCGUCCAUUUAAAAACAAAGAGCAUGAAGAUAUCGAUAGACAGAGGGAAACCUCAAGAAGUCCAUGUUAUACACAAAGGCCUAAUAGAAGGAGGACAUAGGCCGACUGUUGUAACCUACACUAAUGUAUUAGUAGCCUUGACUCUCCAGAAACGUUUCAAGUCCAUUCCCCCGCUUCUCAGAAAGAUGGAAGGGAGUGGAUUAAAACCCGACUUGUUUUUCUUCAAUGCCCUGAUCAAUGCCUUUUCUGAGUCUGGAAAUGUCAAUGAGGCCCUUAGAAUCUUCUGGAAAAUGAAGGAGGAGGGGUGCAAGCCCACAGCGACUACUAUUAAUGCGCUGAUCAAAGGGUUUGGAGUAAUUGGUAAGCCUGAAGAAGCUUUGAAGCUCUUAGAGAGGAUGUCAAUACAAGAAAAUGUGAAAGCAAAUGCGAGAACUUAUAAUGUUGUUAUACAAUCAUGGUGUAACCAGAACAAUGUUGAGAAAGCAUGGGAAGUAGUUCAUCAAAUGGUUAAGAGUGGUUUGAAACCCGAUGCUUUCACAUAUAACACAAUAGCGAGGGCCUAUGCACAGAACAAUGAGACGAGCAGAGCAGAAGCAAUGAUUUUACAAAUGCGCAAUGAAAAAGUGGAUCUCAAUGUAAUAACAUGUGGCAUCAUUGUGGAUGGGUACUGCAAAGAAGGCAACCUGGCAGAUGCAUUAAGAUUCUUAUACAGUAUGAGGGAUUUCAGCCUGCGUCCUAAUCUGUAUAUAUUUAACUCUCUCAUCAAAGGUUUUCUAGACUCAAAUGAUGCAGAUGGAGUUGACGAGGCACUAACAUUGAUGGAAGAAUUUGGAGUGAAGCCAAACGUGAUCACAUUCAGCACCUUGAUGAACAUGUGGAGUUCAUCCGGACAAACAGAUAAAUGUGAAGAAAUAUUCAAAGACAUGAUCAAGUCUGGAAUCCAACCCGAUGACCACACAUUCAGCAUCCUUGCAAAAGGAUAUGUUCGUUCCGGACAACCCGAAAAGGCCGAAUCGCUCUUGGAGCUAAUGGCAGCCCAUGAUGCCUCCCCUAACGUGGUGAUGUUCACAACAAUAAUCAGCGGCUGGUGUAGUGCGGGAGAAAUGGAGCAUGCUUUCGGAUUGUACCAAAAGAUGCUUCAAAUGGAUGUACAUCCAAAUCUUCAAACCUUUGAGACCCUUAUUUGGGGUUAUGGUGAAGCAAAGCAGCCGUGGAAGGCCCAAGAGUUGAUUCAAAGUAUGAAGGAAAUUGGUGUUUCUCCUAGCAAAAACACAUAUAAGCUUGUUGAAGAUGCAUGGAAUGCCGUUGGAUUAACCAACGAGGCUAAACAAGUGUUGAAUUAUUAUGAUCAUCACGAAGAAAAAGAAGCACAAGGGAAAUUGAAUGGUUCUCUCUCGAACAAACAUGAAAUCCCAAGAUCUGUUAUAAGCAACAAAUCCAGCUCAAGAAGUUUCAGAUUUAGAAGCAAGGUGAUCAUGAAGAAUUGUGGAUUUAAACUGAAGGCAUUGGUGGUAAGCCCCAUGCCAAAGCACGUUCAUUUUGGAAUUCAUUGCUACAUGUAAAUAUGUCAUAACCUAAUGGUUCAUUUUCUCUGGCAAUAUAUGAGUGGCAUUGGUUAACUUCUUGAAUGUUUUCUUGAUUAAAAUUGACAGAAAGAAACAAAGAGGUGAGAAAUUUGGUAGAACCACAAUUUGUUGUUUGUAGCAACAAUAAAGUUAUGAGAGGCCACAUUAGACAUUAUUUUUGAAUCUCAUAUUGGUCAUGUUUCAUACGGAUUGAACACACUAUGGUUAAAUGUGAAUUUCGAUACUAUGGUUACAUGUAAAUCUCAUAUUGGUUAUUAGGGUUUUAAAUUAUUCAAAUAAGUACAAUUUUAAUGUUUUUUGGUUA